CAAGCAUUCGCAUAGCCCGCGCCGCAAGUAUUCGCGGUCGCACAGGCUGGUCCAGUCCAACACUGGCCUCCCUGUUUCGAUGCUGGCCACAAGCUCGCCCGGCCGCCCGGGGUGAGGAUGACUGCCACUCCCACCGGGCUCCUCCGGCUCCACAUCUGCCGUCGACCAAACCCGCCCUGCUAAAUACUCGCUCCCUACAGCUCUCCUCGCAAUUAACACCUCCGUUAGCACGAGCUGCAGGGAGGGAGUUGGGAGGAGAAACAGAGCUACCGGGGCGAUGGGCACCGUGCUCGAUUCGCACUUCCUGGCGCUCACCGCCAUCGUUACUGUGGGGUACCAGCUGCUGUUCUUCAUCAUCACAGCUCUCCUCCGGUUCGAUAAGGUCACCGAUUUCGCAGGCAGUACAAAUUUUAUCAUAAUCGCCAUCCUAACAUUAGCUUUGAAGGGAGCAUGGCAUUUCCGUCAGAUUGUGCUGACAGUGCUUGUCACCAUUUGGGGUCUUCGUCUAGGAUUAUUUUUAUUGAUGAGGAUUUUGCAAUGGGGUGAAGACCGAAGGUUUGACAAAAUGCGUGAUAAUUUGGGGAAAUUAGCAGUUUUUUGGAUUUUCCAGGCUGUGUGGGUUUGGUCUGUCAGCUUGCCCGUCACUGUUGUGAAUGCAAGUGACAGAAACCCCUCGAUUGAAGCCAGGGAUAUAAUCGGUUGGAUAAUAUGGUUGGUCGGGAUAUGUGUAGAAGCAACAGCUGAUCAGCAGAAGCUUGUGUUCAAAAAUUCUCCAAGUAACAGGGGAAAGUGGUGCAACGCCGGUCUUUGGAAGUACUCUCGCCACCCGAACUACUUUGGGGAGAUAUUCCUUUGGUGGGGAGUAUUUGUAGCAUCGACCCCAGUUAUCUCAGAUGCCGAAUGGCUUGUGAUUCUUGGACCUAUAUUCCUGACUCUUCUGCUUCUUUUCGUUAGUGGAAUCCCACUCCUCGAGUCAUCUGCUGAUAAGCGCUAUGGACGAUUGGAGGAAUACCGUGCAUACAAGAACACUACAAGGUUGCCUUCCUCCUUGAGCUCCCGCUCUACAAUCCUGGGCCGGGAGGUGAUCCAAUCAGUUGAGUGGUGCUUGCAAACUGUUCUGCUGCCCUUCAGUGAUGAACUUGUAUAGAAUAUCCCUGCAGUAUGUUUACGUUUUUUGUUUUUGUUUUGGUUUGACAGAACCAGAAUGAGCCCAUUGAUGGGUCAGCCUGAUGUUUAUGUUGCUAUUGUGUGCGUGGCAGUUAUUCCACCUUCGAUUCCAAGGGGUUACAGUGGAGUUUGGCCCCUGAUUUAUCGCUCGCGAGGCUCAAACAUGUAUCUUGUUGGUUGAAAGUUAGAUUUCUUUUGUUGCCCUCCCUGCCUCCAUGUGCAGAUGAAUAGAUGCUUAGAAACCUGAACGUGGAACGUGUUCACCUUCCUCGCUCCAAAAAAGUGGGAACGGAACAAUCUUGUCCAUAUAGUGUUAAAGUAUUUUUUUUUAAGUACGGUA